AUGACACAUGAUCGCUUUUAUGGCUUGAAAGCUUUGCAAGAAGCUUGGGCAAAAUUUGCGGACUCGAAGCUACGUGCUGGCAACAAAGAAGCCACUGAAGAAGAACUGGAAAGACUUUUAGAUAAAAUAAUGUUGCUUUUCCGUUUUAUUCAUGGUAAAGAUGUGUUUGAAGCUUUCUACGAGAAAGAUCUUGCUAAGAGAUUGCUAGUGGGUAAGUCGGCUGGUGUUGAUGCAGAUAAAAGCAUGUUAAGUAAGUUAAAGCAGGAAUGUAGAGGAGGAUUUACAUCAAAGUUAGAAGGAUUGUUCGAUGACAUGGAACUUAGUAAAGAUAUUAAUGUGGCAUUUAAAUAA